AUGGACCAGGACUAUGAGCGGCGCCUCCUUCGGCAGAUUGUCAUCCAGAACGAGAAUACGAUGCCGUGUGUCUCAGAGAUGCGACGGACCUUGACACCUACCAACUCCCCCGUGUCCUCCCCCAGCAAGCACGGGGACCGCUUCAUCCCCUCAAGAGCGGGCGCCAACUGGAGCGUCAACUUCCACAGGAUCAAUGAAAAUGAGAAAUCUCCCAGCCAGAACCGCAAAGCCAAGGACGCCACCUCGGACAAUGGCAAAGAUGGCCUGGCCUACUCCGCCCUGCUGAAGAAUGAGCUGCUAGGGGCCGGCAUCGAGAAGGUGCAGGACCCUCAGACGGAGGACCGCAGGCUGCAGCCUUCCACGCCCGAGAAGAAGGGCCUGUUCACGUAUUCCCUCAGUACCAAGCGCUCGAGCCCUGAUGACGGAAAUGAUGUGUCUCCCUACUCCUUGUCGCCAGUCAGUAACAAAAGUCAGAAGUUACUGCGGUCACCACGGAAACCCACCCGCAAGAUCUCCAAGAUCCCCUUCAAGGUUCUGGAUGCACCCGAGUUGCAGGACGACUUCUACCUGAACCUGGUGGACUGGUCAUCUCUCAAUGUGCUCAGUGUGGGGCUGGGCACCUGCGUGUACCUGUGGAGCGCCUGCACCAGCCAGGUGACUCGCCUCUGUGACCUCUCUGUGGAAGGGGACUCGGUGACUUCCGUGGGCUGGUCGGAGCGGGGGAACCUGGUGGCCGUCGGCACACACAAGGGCUUUGUGCAGAUCUGGGAUGCAGCCGCGGGAAAGAAGCUCUCCAUGCUAGAAGGCCACACGGCCCGAGUCGGAGCGCUGGCCUGGAAUGCCGAUCAGCUCUCAUCUGGGAGCCGGGAUCGCAUGAUCCUGCAAAGGGACAUUCGCACCCCGCCCCUGCAGUCGGAGCGGCGGCUGCAGGGCCACCGGCAGGAGGUGUGCGGGCUCAAGUGGUCCACAGACCACCAGCUCCUUGCCUCAGGAGGCAAUGACAACAAGCUGCUGGUCUGGAACCACUCCAGUUUGAGUCCCGUGCAGCAGUACACAGAGCACCUGGCAGCCGUGAAAGCCAUCGCCUGGUCCCCGCAUCAGCACGGGCUGCUGGCAUCCGGCGGCGGCACGGCCGACCGCUGCAUCCGCUUCUGGAACACGCUCACAGGGCAGCCUCUGCAGUGCAUUGACACAGGCUCCCAGGUGUGCAACCUGGCCUGGUCCAAGCACGCCAAUGAGCUGGUUAGCACACAUGGCUACUCACAGAACCAGAUCCUGGUCUGGAAGUACCCAUCCCUGACCCAGGUGGCCAAGUUGACCGGGCACUCCUACCGAGUUCUGUACCUGGCCAUGUCCCCUGAUGGAGAGGCCAUCGUCACUGGUGCUGGAGACGAAACCCUGAGGUUCUGGAAUGUCUUUAGCAAAACUCGUUCGACAAAGGAAUCUGUGUCUGUCCUCAACCUCUUCACCAGGAUCCGGUAA